AUGCCCAGAGACACGGAUAUCCCACCCCAAUAUCGACGCGUACGCAUCUCCACCAUCGACGACGAUGAGCUUUUGAACAAGUUGGUAGAGCUGGAGAGGACAACGAAGGAAGAAAUGGCGGCCAUGAGGGACGAGAUCCGAUCACUUAAAGAUUUGAUCCACAAGCUUGUCGACGAUCAGGGUGUGGUAGUUUCGUCAAGGACGACAACAAAGAAAAGACGGCUGAUUCAGAUAUCUGAAGCGGAUGAUGAGGAUUCAGGAGGAGACGUGAUGAUGCCGCAUAUGCCUGUAAUGCAAAACGACACGAUACCAUCACAAUCAUCACUUGACGAUAAUGAAAACGAAGAAGCUGGCGAUGAAAAGGAACAGGCUGACGAUGACAACAAUAAUGACAACGAUGGUGGUGACGAAGUUGACAAUGACGGCAAAGAAGUAGUCGAGGAUGGUGUUGACCAAGAGAUGGAAGUCCCACAAGAAUAUCAACCACCCAACUCAUACGGGGAGGAAUUGUUUGACGAGUCCGAAGAGAUCAGCAAUGAAAAAUCAUCAUCAUAUCCUGGUAUUUCAUCUUCAGAUUUACCAUCGGAUUUCUUUAAAUCACCUUUGCCACAACAAUCAGCUCAACCACAGCAAUCACAACAACCAGAGCCACAGCAACCAGAGCCACAACAACCACAGCAAUCACAGCAGCCAAAACCACAAGAACCAGAGCCACAAGAACCAGAGCCACAGCAAUCAAAACCACAAGAACCAGAACAGGCACAACCACUCCAACAAUAUCAUAUGAAUCCUGAACUUACCACUGUGAAUGAAGUAUGGGUCGAAUGGAAAGUUGGCGACAACUGUAUUGAAAAGCUCAUCGAACGAUAUGGUGAUGAAUGGCGCUACGCUGAAGAUAGCCCGAUAUUCAUGAAAAGAAAAAUCUUGGUGGAGGAGAUAGAAUACAUUGUGAAAAAAUGCGACAGUGAUGAUGACUACGAUACCAAGUGCCGGAAAGCGAUAGAGGCAUUGGAGACACGACGCAAGGAACGAGGGUCUUUAAAUCGACUAUGCUUUUUGAUAAAGGCCUUCCAAAAUAGCGCCCUGCAAGCUGUACGUUUCGAUGGCAUUGGGGAACGUGAAGCUUACGUCUCUAUAUAA